CACAGAGCGAGAGACAGUGUGAGGAAAGUCGCUCCCGCGACCGCCAGCAUCUGUCGGCUGAGGGUUACCCACGCCUCCCGCGCGCGCGCUUAGUUUUCCCGUGUGCGCGCCGCUCUCCUCGUCACAGUGAGCGCGCUCCUCAGACGCGCACCAUCAUCAUCAGCACCGGCACUUCGGAGCACAACUGGAGGGAUGAAGGGAGAGACCACAGACGAGGACUUCCCCCAUUCGCCCUUCAUCAGGAAACAGGGCAACAUCUACAAGCCGAACAACAAGGCGAUGGACAGCGACAGUGUGACCGAGAAGACGCUGCAAGACUUGCACACCAAGGAGAUCGACCUGGUCAACAGGGACCCGAAGCACCUCAAUGACCACGUGGUGAAGGUGGAUUUCGAGGAUGUCAUUGCUGAGCCCCCAGGCACCUACAGCUUUGACAGCGUGUGGAAGGCCAGUUUCACCACCUUCACGGUGACCAAGUACUGGUGCUACCGGCUCCUGACGGCCCUGGUGGGCAUCCCACUGGCCCUGGUCUGGGGCAUCUUCUUCGCCAUCCUCUCCUUCCUGCACAUCUGGGCUGUGGUGCCGUGCGUGAAGAGCUACCUGAUCGAGAUCCACUGCGUGAGCCGCGUCUACUCCAUCUGCAUUCACACCUUCUGCGAUCCCUUCUUUGAGGCCGUGGGCAAAUGCUUCGCCAAGGUCCACGUGGGCUUCACCAAGGAGGUGUAAGGGAGUGCAUGUGGGGGCAGAACCAGGAUUCAGUGCCAUUAAGAGAGAGUGCGGCGUCAAAGGGAGCAGGCAGCAGGAGGGAGGUGGCCCGGCGCCCGCCUGCCCGAGGCUCUCGAAGCUCUCUCCACAAACCGUCUCGCUAACACGUCCGAGGGAACACAAAGCCCGUGUUGCUUCCUCCAACUUCACCGCAUCGCUUGUUCCACAAGGACCGCUGGCCUUUUUCUGUAACCGCCGCUGCAGGACCCCAUAGCUUCAUUUCACACGUUCUCAUCGUUGCUUUGCAGCAGGUAAAUCUCUCCCGAUGUCCUCUCAGUUAGCUGUGCAGAAGAAUCUACUCUGCUUUUGGACGGGCAGAAUGAUGUCGCCACUAUUGGUUGUUCUUUCGAACUGGCUGGUUUACAGGGAAAAUGAUUUAAGUCACCCGCUACUAAGUGGUGUUCAUCAUAGCUUUGGCAGAAUGAGAUCACGGAGCCCCGGCACAGCACGGGUUUGAGCUCCGUGUCCCCUGCAAGACACGCUGUAAGGACACGCUCCCUUCCAAAAGAAUAAACGUCAUGUUGUGCGCGACACUGUUAAUGUGGUAAAAUAAGA